AGGACCCCAUCAUUGUCUUCAAGUCUUACACACAUCUUCAUCCCCUUUCACUCGAGGUCACCGUAAUCUGGUGAGCUCAUAUUGACGCUGGACGUCAAGGCAUCCCCACAGAUCCUCUGGUCAUCAACACUAAAAGGCGCAAGAUACAGCCUGGCGCUCGCCCCGACCACGUCGACCCCUUCGCCUACCUAUCCAACUGGCAGCACAUUCCCGUCUCGGCCUGCACCUUCAACCUCACUGCACCGCACGGCAUUGCAGAGCCUACCCUCCCUCGACAAUGGCAACCGCACAUGUGGUCGCCGAGCCUCUGGCCCCACCCGGCGCUAAUAUCAGCGCCCAGCCGGCCUACUCUGUGGCAGCGGUCGCUCAGGACUUUACCACAAGCGCCGCAGGUGCGCCGCUGCAAGGUCCCGGUCACUUACAGGCGACCAGCACACCAUCCGUCGCUGCUAGGGCGGCCGCUGCCGCCGUUGCUGUGGCGAACGCUGCUGUUGCUGCCUCGAUGAAGAAAAGGACGUCUUUGAAGACGGGGCCAGCCGCUGCCUGCUGCGACGAACCGACCAGGGAGCAAGAACACACCACGUUGAUGCAGGACAAUAUGGCUACAUAUACACGCGGCGCAUCGGUGCCGAAGGCAUCCAUCCGUCGCGCGUACAGCAUCUGCAACGGCGCCGCCUUGCGCGGCGUACACAAUGUCUAUGGCACGCCGCGCGGCAGAUCGUACGGCCCGCACGCUGGCGCCAGUACCACACCACAGACAGGCGGUGGCAGAGGCACUGGCAGGGGUAGCUCCACCCUUACUGCCUUGACGGAACGGCUGCGCUCUGGGCCCCACAUCAACCUCGUCUCGCCGCCCCUUUCUGCCGAGCCAGGCACUGUCACUGGAGUAGGUGCAAUGAAGGGGGGCACAUUGGGCAGCUCCGUCGGUACAGGCGCCAGCACCGGCGCGAGCAGCAGAACGAGCGCGAAUGGCACCUUUGACAGUCUGCUACCCGCUCCGCCUGCCACCGUCACGCCUGCCGACGUCGAGACGGUUUUGUCCAGCGGCAACAUUACGUUCAGCGAUGCGCUCAAGGAAAUCGCCCUCGGCUCGUCGGGCUGCCAUCUGGCAGCUGCAGGCGGAGCUGCCACCAGCACUGUGGCAGUUGGGGAUCCAGGCGCCAUGGUCACGUUCAAUCUUGUCAACACGUUCGACCCCGCUGUCGCCGCCCCUGCUGGUACUUCCGAUGCGCUGGCGGACACCACCAUUGAUACACUUAUAAGCCCGCCUGGCACCGAGUCCAACCGCGGCUCCGUACCUCCUCGCGGGCUGUUUUCUGUUGAUACCGAGCCGCCAUCAGCACCGGCUUUUGCGCUGGCGGAGUGCAUGCCGCUUAACAUCGGCCGAGGCCGCAAGGGGAGGCCUAUCUCGCUGCACUGGGACAGUCGCUUUGGAGCUUGGGGAAACAGCGCGGAACAUUCGAGUGGAAGCUCGGCCACGACCAGCAGCAGCUGCACGAGCAUUAGCAACAGUGAUAAUGUUGCUGCAGCUUCUCCGAAGGAUGGUCUCGGUUUCGAGGAGCUGCAAGUCGGCGGGGGUGGCGUCACCAUGGAAGGCUCCGAGAGCAGCCGCUGCAGCCACAGCUCCUUUGGCUCCUCUAUCUCGGGAAACGGGAGCUAUGCAUCGAUCUCGACGUCCGAUGCCAGCCCAAAGAAUAUGUGCUUCAACCUGCCGCCGACGGUGGACCACGAUCCAAGCUAUGGCGCAGCUGAUGAGCGCAAGCUCAAAGUACCAUUUGGCCCGGCGUCGUGUGCGGCUGUCGAUGCGCUCGCUACGCUCGCCUACGGCAGGAACGCAGGCCAGUGUCCGAUCGGAAGCGACAAGGACAGCGGGAGCAGCAGUGACGGCGACAGCCAUCAAUGUGCCUUUCUCACAGCAGAGGUCGGCUUGACCGACGAACCACCUCUAAAGGUCACCGAGGUCCACGUCUCCGAGCCGAUGCCACCUAUAUACGCACCGAUCCAACGCACGUCCAGCGAUCCAUCUCCCAAUAGCAGCAGCUCCAGCUCCAGAAUUGUACACAGCGCAGCGAACCACGGUGCUACGCAUCGCCUGAUGCGCCACAGCCUCGAGCCGGCAUUCUUGUUGUCCAGCUCGGUGCGUAAGGACGCCCUGCUGCCGCUCGCGUCGACAUUUGCAUCGCUGCAUGACGCUUCCAAUACCGUUGUCACCACCACCGCGACAACGACCUCGGCAGCCCCAAUGCCGCUAUCUGUGUCCGUUGCAGCCACAAACAACCCUAGCCCUGUGGACGACGAGGAAGCGUGUAUAUACGGCGAGGGCGAAGAUAUUUACGAGGCGAAGACGCCGGGCAGCGUCUCGAGAAACAAUAGCGUCACUUCCCCGGUGGGUCGCAACAAGCCUGGCGGUCGAAGGCCGCCGUCAUACCUCGCUCUUUCGCCAGCGACAGUGCCGACGGCUCAUACAAACGAGAUGAUGGACAGCGUGACUGCUUUGCAAGCCACCUACACCGCAUCAACGGAAGCGCAGCUUCUCCCCAGGAUCACGACUGCCACACCCGUCCAUCAUCUCUCUAGCUCCGUCAUCGCGUCGCGCGCUGUCGAGAUUCUACCCAUGCACGCUUCAGCCGCUGCCGGCGGUGGCGGCAGAGUUCAUCCUCCGGUCAGCGCUCUGGCCGCUCCAUCUGCCUUUGUAUCUGCUGGUCUCCUCGGAGCAGACGCCUCAUCAUUAUCAUCGUCACUAACAUGCGCACCAUUCCUCAACGAUGUAGCAUGCUCAGACAUCAGCCCGGCGCUGCCCUCGCGUCGUGGCAGCCAGCUCGUCGCCGAGGUUCGCAGUAUUAAACCCAGUCCAAGUUGCGAUCACCAUGCAUCGCGCAAUGCGACCGGUGGCGAUGUUGCAAGCUGCAAUGGAAACGGGACGGAGGCGCGAAACGAGGUGCUUAUCUUCGAUUAUCCGUUAAGUGCGAUGGACGAGGCGAGCGCUGGGAUCAGGCGCAACAGCAACAGUGGUACUUGCAGCAGAAGCAGCAGCAAUGACAAGCAUGAAGCUGGGAUUACCCCGCCCACCCUUCGCAGCCCUCGAGCAUGCAAGACAGCCGAGGCGGAGCCCCACACGCCGUCGGGGGCAAAUUUCCAGGACAAGUUCAAAGGCAACAACCUGAGCCUGUCGGCUUUCUCUGACCUUGAAGGAAACAGUCGUAUGAGCAGCCCCGGAACGCAGCCACUGACGAUCAAUGCGCUCGAAAAGUACGCCGCGUCGCUCGCGUCUCUCCGUCUUGACCGCUGUGCAAGCAUGGGUGGGCACUCCGAUGCGAGUAGUCUUCAAACCACUCUCGCUCGUGGUCCUACUAUGGAGCGCUGCGAUACAGAGGGCGGCCAUUCGGUGGCAAGCAGCGUGCAGACCGCUGUCGGCCUCGAUCGGAGGCUGCCUCUGCCCUCAAGCUUCUACCGACAAUCCUUUCUCGCGGAAGCUGCUCGCAACACUUCCCGCCUGCACAACGGCCUUCCGUCUCCUUCGGCGCUGAGCGAGAUCGUCUCGGAAGGUGCAGGUACCCCUCGCCCAGAUGUGGCCUUCGCAUCUAUCAACCCGUUCGAGCUAGCGCUGGCACGUGACAUGGCGCCCACUCCUCCACUCCCGCCUUCGCCCAUGCGAGGCUCAUUCCAGGUCUCAUGCCAGCAUGUCGCCAACGACACUGGCGCCACGCCUCGUGCCAGGCAGAUGAGCGACAUCGAGGGGGACAUGUGGUCGAAGCUACCGUCUACGCCAGAGAUGCCUCCCUGCGCUCCGCGCGUCCUCAAGCCACGCUCAGACGAGUCGAUGAGCCGCAGUCCCAGCACUUUUGACCUGCCGAACGGUCUCUUGCCCUUCGAUCGAGUCGUGCCUUACACCCCUGGAGACAUUGAUGCCGAGUGGCGUGACCUUGUGUCCAAGCGUGAACAUCAGCUGCGAAAGCGAAGUACCAUCUCGGGCGUUCAGUCCCUCAAGCAGCAAGCAGCAACGAAGAACGAGAACAAGCAGCAGGUGACGACGCCCGGUACUGUUUUUUGCAUGAUUCAGACUCAAAAUGCUAGUCACGUGGAAGGAAGCAAGGCAGCAAGGAAGGAACGAAGGCCCGUCUCUUGGUGUGCCGCACCCAUCGGCCUACCGUCUUACUUUUCAGCGGGCACUCGCGAGUUCAGCAGCUCGGAAGCCAAAGCGGCCAUUCGCAGCGGCAACAUCCAGCACGAGCCGUAUGUGCUUCGCAAACCGCUCGAGAAGCCACCGCGACCGCCUAAGUCCAAGUUCCGGCACAUUGCGACGUCGACAAGCGUUCCACGUGUGCUCAACAAGCUUGGAAACACCGAGGUACCCAUCCCCCCAGGGCUUGUUUCCACCAUUGUCAAGGCGGCUGAAGCGACGUCUGAUGCCUUGCCCGGUGUCACCGUCGUUGCCACGCCUCUGCGUGUCGUCGCGCCUACACCUCGCUCGCCGGCGCGUGCAGGCUUCGCGCGCAGCGAGCUCUCUUCUCAGAGCAUCGAGAGCCGGAUCACCGCGCUCGCAACAGACCAAGGCUUGCCGGCGCACCCGUUCCUCGCGCCAGAAUCUUCUAUGCCGCUCUUGGAGCCGUAUCGGCUUACGCCCAGACCUGACGAGCCUGCGAACGCCGUCACAGGAUGCGGAGCACUCUUUCAGUAGCGCUCUAGCGA